AUGUCUUCUCCCUCGUCUUCCAAGUCCAGGUCGAACAGGGUCCCAAAGUAUCUUUUGGACGCUUUGCGUGACCCAGAUUUGCUCAUGGAAAACUGGUCGGUUUUGGCCGACUUGGACUAUUACCGACAGCAAGCUAUGCGCGAAUCGUUGGUGCGCACGCAUUACGCCAAGCCACCCGAGAUCGCACGGUACUCGAUCUCUCAAGCCGGAGAAAACAGGAACCGAAAUCGAUAUCAGAAUGUUGCGCCGUAUGACUUGAACGCUGUUCGUGUGGGUGAAGAAACGUUUGGUCCUGGGCGAGGGAUGUAUUUGAAUGCAAGUUGGGUAAGGGAGCGGGCCGGUGGCGCAUUGUGGAUUGCUUCCCAGGCUCCGCUCCCAAACACUCAUUACGAAUUCCUGGCAUUGUGUACGGAUAUUACUCCCAAAGAGAAGCGAGUGCGAACGAUUGUGCAGCUCACACCCUGGCCGAGUCUCUCAGCACCCAGACGAACCCUUGGCCCCAAAUCUCGCCUACGAGUAACGGUUGCGCGGAAACGAUUUGUUGCCGAAGCGGAUUGCUUUAUACGCAGCUUGGAGAUUACGUAUGAAGAUUGGACUGAAGGACCGAGCCCCGUAUUCGAGGUGCGCCAUUUGGCAUACGAUAGUUGGGCGGAUCACGGGGUUCCCAACUCGCCAAGUACAGCAUACCAACUCGCCUUGCUUGCCGAUCGAUGCAACCGCAUGCCUCACACACCCGAACCGGGUGAAGAGACCGACCCCGCUCCCCCACCUAUACUUGUGCAUUGCAGCGCCGGUGUAGGACGCACCGGAACAUUUAUCGCCGUGUCUUCGUUGCUGCGGUCGUUUGGACUUUUACCUCCCGCUGCUCGGCCACCUUGGGAUACUUACGUCCCUGAACCCAGUGCGGCUACAGCUGCGGAUAGCUUGCCCGAUGAUGAUCAGGUUGUGCAGGAAGUUGAUGCGUUGAGAGAACAGCGGACUUUGAUGGUACAGAUGCCAGAACAGAUGGAGUUCAUAUACGGUGUCUUGACAGCAGCGCUGUCCGGUAAGUUCGAGGGACAGCCAACUGGGGCGGCAUGA